AUGGUCCUCGCGACGAUUGCUGUUUCUUUUCUGACAGUGGCAAGUGUGGUAGAGGCUGUAAACUUCACACUCAAUGGCAUUGGCACGGAGAGCAUCAAUGCGAACUCCCCGUUCACAGAAGCUUUUGUGAGCUACUCCAUCGAGUUCGCUUCGUUCCCUGACUUCGCUGGAAACAAAUCGGCGCCAAAUGUCUUUUCAGACAACCUCCUCACCAAUAUUGGCAACAUAAUUGGCACCAAGCCAUAUAUCAGAGUAGGAGGAAAUACUCAAGACUACGCGCUCUACAACGCAUCCUUGCCAUAUGCACUUAACGGGACAUUCAAUUUCAACAGGUCCUACGAUUAUCCCACAACUAUCUACAUUGGCCCCUCGUACUUCGAGUCAUAUAGUACCUGGCCCAAAGUCAAAUUCACCCAUGGCUUCAACCUGGGUCUGGGCGGAAACAACUCUGCUGGGUGGCAGACACUGCUGGAAACCGUUCCUCUUGCCUGCAAAGCCAUCUCUCCGGAGAGUCUGAACUACUGGGAGUACGGAAACGAACCUGACCUCUUCUCGACCUCUUCCCAAGGCCCAGUCAGGCCUGCCAGUUGGAACGAGACCACUUACGUGAGCCAGUGGUUCAACGGAACCGAUCAUAUCAAGGCGUUGCUCCAGGAAAACUGCCCAGAGCACUUAUCAAAUGGAUCAUACGGAUACUUUGCGCCAUCAUUUGCUGGAACAAGCAACCAUCUCAAGGCGCCUGCGGCAUGGGCGGCAGGCCUGAAUGAUAACGGAGAUGUCAAGCUGUUCUCUACACACAACUAUAUCAGCGGAGCUUCUUCCCCUGGGGUCACACUGCAAGGGACUCUCCUGAACCACACGAGCACAACGGUCUCAGUCGACAAGCAUGUCACAGAAUAUAACAAGAUCUUUCCCAACGGCAGUGGUGUUCCUUUCAUCAUGGGUGAGACGAACUCGCUCUACAACGAAGGAAAGCCCGGCUUAUCGAACUCUUUCGGCGCCGCUCUCUGGGGCAUAGAUUUCAACCUAUACUGUGCCUCCGUUGGCAUCAAGCGCGUCCACAUGCACAUGGGCACAGACUACCGAUACGCGAGCUGGCAGCCCAUCCAGACCAAGAAUACGACUAUCGGCACCAAGCCUCCCUACUACGGCAACAUCGCUGUGGCCGCCUUCCUCGGGGAUACGACCAAGGAGCCCGUGUCCGUCGCACACGUGCCCCUCGCGCAGACCUGGGAGGCCGCCUACGCAGCGUACGUGGGUGGCCAGCUCGCGCGCGUCAUGAUCCUCAACAUGAACGGCUUCAACACGACCGUCAACGGCACGGGGCUGGGCCUCGCGCCGGACCCGCCCGCCCGCAUCACGCGGACGUACACGUUCGGCGUGGACGGCGCGGCGCCCGCGGGCACGAGGGUCGCUGUGCGCCGGCUGUAUGCCAACGGCAGCGACGCGAUCACGGGCAUUGCGUGGGACGGGUGGAGCUACAACUACGAGCUGGACCACGGGCGCCCGGUGCGGCUGGGCAACGUCACCGUCGGGGAGUUCUCCACGGUCGGCUCGGGCGGGCUGGUGAGCGUCAACGUGCCGGACUCGAGCGCGGUCGUGCUGGACUUUAGGACGCCGGCGGUGGUGCCGGGGAAUGGGACGAGCGGUGCGCGGAGGAGACACAGUAUCCUGGGCUGGUGGGUGUAA